AGCGCCAAACCCUUGUCUCUCUCUCUUUCAUCUCAUCCAACGGCCCACCGAAAUCCUGAGCCACCCCUUCUGAUCCUAACCGCUCCAUCUUUAAUUUCAUCAUAAUUUAGGCUUUUUGUCCCUUCCUUCGCUUAGGUGUAGUUUUGUUGUUGAUUUUUAAGUUGCUGGUUGUUUAGGGUACAACAAUGCAGGUUCCUCCGUGGCUGGAGAGGCUCUUAAACACAUCUUUCUUCAACAACUGCCGCAUCCACGGCGACGCGGCCCGCGGCGAAUGCAACAUGUAUUGCUUGGACUGCAAUGCCGACGCCUUCUGCUACUACUGCCGCUCCUCCAAACACAAAGACCAUCAAGUAAUUCAGAUACGGAGAUCUUCGUACCACGAUGUGGUGAGGGUUUCGGAGAUUCAGAAGGUUUUGGACAUAAGCGGAGUUCAGACAUAUGUAAUAAACAGCGCAAGGGUUUUGUUCCUCAACGAGAGGCCUCAGCCGAAAGGCGGCAAGGCCGUCUCUCAUCUCUGCCAAAUCUGCGGGAGAAGCCUCUUGGACACAUUCCUCUUCUGCUCUUUGGGAUGCAAGGUUGUAGGGAUAAAGGGAAAUGGGUUAAUUAGCGAAGGAACAUCGACAUCGGCAUCGGCAUCAUACAUGGAGAGAGAUGAAGAGGGGGAAUUGCGUGAGGGGUCACAACAAGACAUAUACCCGCCCACGCCCCCUCCACCUUCAAGAUCAAGAAGAAAAGGCAUUCCUCAAAGGGCUCCUUUUAGGUCAUAAUUCUUUCUUUUUGCCUAAUACUUUUCUUCAAAUUUAAAUUAAGGCUCAUAAUUUACUCCUAAAUACAACUCACAUUUUGGGGUCCUUGUCCCAAAAAGAAGCAAUUAUAGGUAGCAAUUUUUAAUUCAAAUUGGGGGAUUCUUUCUUUCCUUGGGUGGGUGGUGGGUAGGGGUCCCAACUCAACAAAAAACAAAAUCUGUUGAGGAUGGAAAACAUCAAUAAUGCAAAAGAAUUGUUAUUGAAA